GCCGUCUAGUGGAAAAUGGUAAGGAAGGGGCGUCCAAAUCAACAAAAAGAAAGACACUCAUCAACAGCGACCACUAGUCUGGUAAAAACAUUUGCAGUGUUCGGUCCAAAGCCCCCCCUUUCGAAUACCGGAGAGGAAGAGAGAAAAAAAGAUCGACGUCGAGUUGAUUUAGACAAUAUGUAUAAAUCACUCUUCCUGAUUGCUCUAAUCGUAUUCAGUUGCCGUGCGGCUACUGAUGAAGAAUAUUUUGAGUUUGCUUGUCCUCAAGAAGAUGGGCAGUUCGAAGAUGCAUAUCAGUGCGAUAAAUAUUAUGAAUGCGAUAAUGGGCGGGUUAAAGAAAAACUUUGUCCAGAUGGACUUGUGUUCAAUCCAAGCAGCAAAUUGAGUAAUAAAUGUGACCAAAUAUAUAAUGUGGACUGUGGAGAUCGGAAGGAAUUGCAAAAACCGAAUCCCAUAGGCGUAUGUCCUAGACAAAACGGAUUCUAUCCCCAUCCUGAUCCUACAAUCUGCAACGUAUUUUUUAACUGUGUGAAUGGUCGUGAGCUCGAAAUGAGUUGUGUGGCAGGAUUACAUUUCAAUUUAGAUACCGGUACAUGCGUCUGGCCAGAUAUGGCGAAUCGUGUCGAUUGUGGUAGCAAUGCAAAUAAAAAACUAGAUGAUGGUUUCCAAUGCCCUAAAGACUACAAAAAAAUGGAUAAAAAUGGACAAAUAGUUUCUCACCCUAACUUUCCGCAUCCGGAGGAUUGUACAAAAUUCUACAUAUGUCUAAAUGGCAUCGAACCAAGGCGAGGUAACUGCGACUCAGGUUUGGUUUACAACGAAGAUCUUCAGCGAUGUGACGAACCAGAGAACGUUCCUGGAUGCGAGGACUGGUACACUCCAGCCGAAAAACCGGAGAAAUAAAUCCAACUUCUUCAGUUAUACAAAGAUUAGUAUACAUAAGGGAAAAUACAUUAUAAAACAAACAUUCUGUAUUUCUCAAAUUAGUCAUUUACAUUUGUACGGAUUUAUUUUCAAUUUUGUAUAUUUACAAAUAAAUAGUAGUAAGCCCUUGA